CUCAGUCUCCCCCCCUUGAAGGUCGUGGAAAUGAUGGAUCGGAAGGGAAAAUAAGCGCCGAUCUAGAGAACAAGGCAGUAGAGGAAGAGGAAGAGCGAGAUCAUCGCACACAAAAGGUUCAUGCCACUCUGAAUACCACAUUCCCACAGCCAGCAGAUCUGUUUCCGAUAACCGAGAUUCCAGUGGAAGAAGUGCAUCCGGUGGUGGUGCAGAGUUCCCUCCAAGGCCAUCACGACGAAGUCGUUCGAAAGGAACAACUCGCGUCUACUGCUAGUAUAAGGCCGUACGAACAGCUGCAGCAGCGCCCCGAGGCGUUUGGAAGAACGAUCGCGGCUCCUUCUAACCUUGAUGCAGACAUUCGUCCGCUGGAGCAGUUUCUCGCCCGCGACCACUUCGGGUAUUGCAUGCACGUGCCCGCGAUUUUUCCGCAGAGGGAAAGUGUGAACGAGCAGGAGCGGGUUGUGCAGACCUUUCUUGCGACGCACGGCACGGACCGGCGUUGGCUACAGGAACAGUUGUUCGGGAACCUGACGGUAGUGCAGGAUAGAGGGAAGGACCUUCAGUCUGCUUUCAUUUUCAACACGAACUCCUCCUCCAGCGGUUUAUCCCUUACAGACGCGUUCUUAAACGCUGUGGAGCAAGAGAUGGC